AUGUUUGAUACAUUGCAUCCUUCCAAUCUACCCAAUUAUAUUCUUCCAUUGAAAACCUUAGUUGCUUAUCAGAGAGCUACUCCUCCUGUUGAAGAGCAAAAGCCCUUGCUUCAUUCUGCUUAUCCGAAUCACUCCAAGCGCUUUCACAAAGACAUCAACAUGCUUCCCAAGCCGUUAAUGUCAAUCGAUGAUUCUUCUUCUGCAAGUGAUGGAUCAAAGGGAUUGCCGGGAUCUUACAGUGAGGAUGCAGCUUUGAAAGCGUAUCCAAAUUGUGAGACUGUGCCAUUUGAAUUGUGGUUUGUUGAUAAAGCGGUUCCUCCAAUUGAAAAUUCUAUGGAUGGAAGCAUCCACCGCAAUUAUGACUUACUUCUUCGACAUAGGUUGCACAUUGUUGGAGGGGUUCAGCUGCGUGUUAGCCAUUGUCUCUUAGGAUUGCCUGGUGUGACUAAGGAGGAGCUCCUCUGUGUUGCUCUUGCUCAAUGUAGGGCGAUGCUUAAUGAUUUAGGUGUUGACAAAAUUGGUGACCAGGAAACGGCCGUUGUUGCUAAGUUCGUGAUUUUUCUUCAGACCAGCGUUGUUUUCAGUUUAGAAGAAGGUCCAGGUGCACUACUCAAAGCUCUGUCAGUGUUUUCUACGAAGAAUAUUAAUUUGUCAAAGAGUCGUCGACUGAAGCAGUUCUCCUUAAGGAUUGUUGAUGAUUCAAAUCAAGGGAGUUCCAAUGUUUCAGUUUCAGCUCAUCAGAGAGCUACCAUUCCUGUUAAAGAUCAAAAGCACUUGCUUCAUUCUGCUAAUCAGAAUCACUCCAAGGGCUUUCACAAAGACAUCAACAGGCUUCCCAAGCCGCUAACGUCAAUCGAUGAUUCUUCUUCUGCGAGUGAUGGAUCAAAGUUGCGUGUGGGUUAUCAGGGAGUGCCGGGAGCAUACGGUGAGGAUGCUGCUUUUAGAGCGUAUCCAAAAUGUGAGACUGUGCCUUGUGAGGAUUACGAAGCUGCAUUUAAGGCAGUUGAACUGUGGUUGGUUGAUAAAGCGGUUCUACCAAUUGAAAAUUCUGUGGAUGGAAGCAUCCACCGCAAUUAUGACUUACUUCUUCGACAUAGGUUGCACAUUGUCGGAGAGGUGCAACUGCUUGUCAACCAUUGUCUUUUAGGAUUGCCUGGUGUGUCUAAGGAGGAGCUCAACAGUGUUAUGAGUCAUCCUCAGGCUCUUGCUCAAUGUAAGACGCUGCUUGACGAUUUAGGUGUUGACAAAGUUGGUGACCAGGAUACUGCUGUUGCUGCUAAGAGAGUGGCCAUAAAUUGUGUAAGACACAUUGGAGCUAUUGCCAGUUCUCGAGCGGCAGAAAUAUAUGGCCUGGAUAUUCUUGCUGAAGGAAUUCAGGAUGAUGAUGAAAAUGUUACGCGUUUCUUGGUUCUUGCGAGGGAGCCUAGAAUUCCAGGAACCGACGGCCCACAUAAGACUAGCAUUGUUUUCAGCUUACAAGGAGGUCCAGGUGCACUAUUCAAAGCACUGUCGGUGUUUUCUAUGAGGGAUAUUAAUCUGUCAAAGAUAGAGAGUCGUCCACUGAAGCAGCGCCCCUUAAGGAUUGUUGAUGAUUCAAAUCAAGGGAGUUCCAAGUAUUUUGACUACCUGUUCUACAUCGAUUUUGAAGCUUCAAUGGCAGAGCCUCGUGCACAAAAGGCUUUAGGACAGUUGCAGGAAAUUGCUAGUUUUCUUCGAGUUUUUGGUUGUUACCGAAUGGAUACACACGUAUAAAAGUUCUUCAACGUCUUUAAAGUAUAGCUAGAAGCAACCAUAGAUGCUGUUUGUCUUGCUUACAGCAAGAGCGGCUAGGUUACAACCGGAGUCAAAGGGAGAGAAGCAUUACUCCAGGCACCUGUUUAGAAAUAAUGUUGAUUUCCUAAGAAGUUUUGUCAUAGUUUAUCUUAGGAUGAAAUCCUCAUUUUUCUAUCUCUUUUAUGUUAUUUUAUAACAUCAUUUAUUUGCGCCCUUUAAUUUAGAAUUUUAGAUUGCAGAGCUCUUUAUCUUUUACAUACAUUCAAUACUAUGUCUCUAUAUUACUGAUCUACUUCUACACCUUUCUAAAUUUUUUAAAUUUUUUUUUAAACGAUAUUAAGGCAAUUUCAUUGCAGAGGCACACUUUUGAAAAUUCUAAAAUAUCUUUGGAUGAAUUUGGAGAUAUAUCUCCGAACACAAAAGAAUACCAUUUUCUGCGUAAAUUUAGUUCGGAGAUGCAUCAAUGAAUAAACCAAAGAUAAAUUUGCAGAUACAUCUCCGAAGCCACCUUUCUUCCUAAGUAAAUCAAACAUCCACCAAAUCAAUACUAUACUAAGAAAACUAAUGCCUCAUUUAAUUACAUUUUAAUCUUAAGUUAAUCCAUGGAUUAACCAAUUUUUAAGGGUAUAAUAGUCAUUAGGGGUUUUAAAUAAUUAAAAUAAAAAUUAAUCAAAAUCAUAAUUACAAGGUUUGAAAUAUACUAAUUUAGUGAGGUCAAUUUACAACUUCCAA